AUGCUCUAAGAGCCAGAAAUAAAAAAAUUAUAGUUGAAAAAAAUCCUUUAGGUGCCGAAAACAUAAAGGCUAAAAUUCUCUCUAGCCGUCCAAAUUCAAUCCCUUCCACUCUCAUCUAAUAUUCCUUCCAUAUUAGCUUUCUCUCUCUCUCCCUCUCCACCUCAAAAUCUCAUAAUUAGCUCUCCAUAUCCAUGGAAGAAAGCCUUCUCUCUCUUUCCUAGGCUUUUUAGAAUAUUAAGAGCUGAUUUGUGUGCGAGUGUCAGAGAUGAGGCCCCUUUUGUGUCAGAAGAAAAUCCUAACAUCCAAUCUCAAAUGCUCAUUUGUCGCUCUUUCACCCCCAUAAAGUGACUUGUGUCAGAGUUAGUUAGUUAGUACCAGGAUUUUACGGGAUAGUUCAUUCACAGUACUGUACUACUCCUGCUGCUAUAGUUUCCAUAUAAAUUCCUGCUAUAAAACCCUAAUAUUCCCUUCACUGUUUUCUCCAGUUUUUCUUUCCUUGAAACUCGGUUUACAUCCAUGACUUCAGAGCGUGCAGCAGCUACAGCACACACGGGGUCUAUUAAGAACAGGUUUGCCCGUAGAUUUCUCAGAUCCCUUCUGAAAAUUAAAAGGAGUGAUAGACUCGGUGCUGGUACUAGUACUGGUUUCCAAUCAAAUGAAGAGGUCACGAAAAGGAAUGCUCAGAGAAUAAAGACCGCUGCUUAUAGAUCGAUGGCUCGUGUAGUUGGGCCAAGAAAAAUUUGGAGCCGAGCCCUACUUUUUAAGCUUAGAUACCGAGCCAGAAUCCAGGGAGCUGGUUUGAGAAAGCGACGCUUGGUUUCUAAGAAGAAGAGAGUUCUAAGAAAGGAAAAUAAGGUGCAGGUGAUCUCAAGAGAGCCCAGUCGUGCUGAUGAUCUUCGAAAGCUUGUUCCCGGAGGGGAUUCGAUGCAUAUUUGCAGCUUGUUGGAUGAAACUGCACACUACAUAAAAUGCCUUGCUACUCAGGUUAAGGUGAUGCAAAGUAUAGCCGAUCGAUUUAUACUCUGAAUGAUGAUCAGAUGAUGAGUUGCAUGCAUGGUAAUUAGAAUUUAUUGUUUUUAUAUACAUCAAAAUUGAAGGAUCCAGAUGAUGAGUAUGUAAACAGGUAAAUUCUCUAGAUCUAUAUAUAUAAAUAUAAAUCACUGUACAGUAAUAUUUUUCUGCAUCUUGAUGGCAGAUGUUAGUCAAAUCAGGGACCAAUCGUACCAAAUGGUUUUUGUUUCUUAUGCAUAAAUAUAUUAUCUGACAGACAGGAUAUCGUUUAUGUUUUUUGU